CUGAAGCUGUGGAACAAGUACAGAGUCUCCAACAUUCCUUCCCUGAUAUUUAUUGAUGCCUCCACUGGGAAAGUGGUUUGCAGGAACGGCCUCCUGGUCAUCCGAGAUGACCCAGAAGGUCUGGAGUUCCCCUGGGGGCCAAAACCCUUCAGUGAAGUUGUUGCUGGGCCUCUGCUAAGGAACAAUGGCCAGACGCUAGACAGCAGUGCCCUGGAGGGCUCUCACGUUGGGGGCUAUUUCUCCGCGCACUGGUGCCCACCAUGCCGAAGCCUCACAAGGGUCCUGGUGGAGUCCUACCGGAAAAUCAAGGAGUCAGGCCAGAAGUUUGAGAUACUCUUCGUUAGCGCAGACAGGUCGGAGGACUCCUUCAAGCAGUAUUUCAGUGAGAUGCCCUGGGUAGCUGUGCCGUACGCCGACGAGGCCAGACGAUCGCGCCUGAAUCGACUCUAUGGCAUACAAGGCAUCCCGACCCUCAUCGUCCUGGACUCCAAGGGAGAUGUGAUCACGCGGCAGGGGCGGGUGGAGGUGCUGAAUGACAUCGAAUGCUGCGACUUCCCCUGGCACCCCAAGCCUGUGCUGGAGCUGACGGACUCCAAUGCCGUGCAGCUGAAUGAGGGCCCCUGCCUCGUUCUCUUUGUAGAUUCAGAGGAUGACGGAGAGUCGGAGGCAGCGAAACAACUGAUUCAGCCCAUAGCUGAAAAAAUCAUUGCCAAGUACAAAGCCAAAGAAGAGGAGGCACCGUUGCUCUUCUUCGUGGCGGGCGAG